AUGGGCACUUUUCAUGGCACACGUGAAAUCAUUGAAUUGGAAGAAAAUUCAGAUUUUAAAUCCAGUAAGCAUGGGGAGAAGUUCAAUAUAGAAGAUGAAAUCAACCGUCUUUUUGAAACAAUUAGGGUUUCUGCCAAGACAACAGGUUUAGCACAAGUUCUUAAAGAUAAACAGAAGAAAUCCAUGAAAAGACCAAUGAAAGUUGGCCCUUAUCAAGCAUCAAGAAUUGGGAUUUCAGAACCUGCUAGUUUAAAACAGGCAUUGAGAGGAUUAAGCAUCUCUCAAGCAUCAGAAAUGGCAGCUAUGAAGAGGUUAUCAAAACCAGUAACAGUAACAUCUUCAGGAAGCUUUGAAGGUGGACCAGUCAAACAGUCACAGAUAGCAGUGGAAGAAUCCUUUGUUCCAGAACCUUCCGGAAAGAUACCCAAAUCUUUACAAAACAGAAACCUUAAACUGAAACUUUCUUCUUUAUCCACUCGAUCUAGAAAGAAACUCCCUGUGGUAGAUGAAAUCAAACCGGAUCUAAUCAAAGAAGUCGAAAAAAGACCUGAUUUAUUGGUCAAUAAAAUCGAUGACAAAUCAAGGUCAAAAGAAAAGGGGGAAUUCUCUCAAAGCUCAAAAAGCAGCAGCCUUGGUGAAUGCAGCAGUAGUACAAGCUUCAGUUGUGACAGCAACAUAAGUAAUUUUAGCAGAAAUUCAUGUCGGCCUCACAUGUCAAAAGAUUCAAGAUGGGAAGCUGUUUUAUGUGCUCAAAAACACCAUGGAAGCUUGAAUCUAAAAAACUUUAAGUUAAUCAAGAAAAUUGGAGGUGGGGAUCUUGGAACUGUUUACCUCACGGAGCUUCUUGGGUCACAUUGCUUUUUUGCAAUGAAAAUUGUGGACAAUGAGUUGUUGACACUUAGAAAAAAAGCUUCAAGGGCACAAACGGAAAGAGAAAUAUUACAAUUACUUGAUCACCCAUUUCUCCCUACUUUAUUUUCCCAAUUUACAACCGAUAAAUAUUCAUGUUUAGUCACUGAAUAUUGUCCUGGAGGCGAUUUGCAUGUCCUUCGGCAAAAACAGCCCAACAAAUGCUUCUCUGAACAUGCAGCCAGGUUUUAUGUUGCUGAAAUACUCCUUGCUCUAGAGUACCUACACAUGCUUGGAAUUAUAUACCGCGACUUAAAACCCGAAAACAUUUUGGUACGAGAAGAUGGUCACAUCAUGUUGACCGAUUUUGACUUAUCCCUAAAAUGCGAUCCUAAUCCAACGGUUGUUAUAAAUCCAUCACAUUCCAUCAAUCCUCCUAAAAAUAAAGAUUCUUCAAGUUGCAUAGGCCACCCGUUUUGUCUUCAACCCUCAUGGCAAGUCCCAUGUUUCACUCCAAACCUAAAACCCGAUCCAACGGUUACAACCGCCACCCCACAGCUAAUAGUGGAGCCUCAUGGCGCACGAUCAAACUCCUUCGUUGGGACCCACGAGUACCUGGCACCCGAGAUUAUAAAAGGGGAAGGGCAUGGGAGCCCUGUGGAUUGGUGGACUUUUGGGGUUUUGUUGUAUGAGCUUUUAUAUGGUAGGACACCUUUUAAGGGGAUAGGAGAUGAUGAGACUUUAGGAAAUGUGGUUUCAGAAGAUGUUAAGUUUCCUGAUUGGCCGAUUGUGAGUUUUGAGGUUAAAGAUUUGGUUAAAAGUUUGUUGAGAAAGGAGGUGGGGGAUCGGUUGGGGUCGGUUAAAGGGGCGGUUGAGAUUAAGGAACAUCGGUUUUUUGAGGGUUUGAAUUGGGCUUUGAUCCGGUGUGGCACGCCACCCGAGAUGCCGAAAGUAUGUGAUGUUAGAGGUGUGGGUGUAAAGAGUUUAGAGAAAGAGUUUAAGGGUAGAUUUGAUGAGAUGUUUUAGGGAAAAUAUGUUUUGGUUUUGGCUGUAAGUUGUAACAUAUGAAUAAAUAUAGGUGUAGAUUCUGAUUAGGAUAUAUGUAUAGUGUACAUGAUGUAAUACAAGAAAGAUAUAUUUGUGUAUCAUUUGAAGAAAAUUUUUCUUUGGUCUUUGGUCUUUGUUAAUAACGGACUUGUACUAGUGUUUUGGGAUGAGGAAAAGAAUAAACAAUAAGAGGUAGAGAUCAUAAUGUCGAAUCUUUAAAUAAAAUUAUAAAAUUUUGAUUUUAUGAUUUCAAA